CCCGUGAUUAUGCAGUGCCAGCUGAGAAAGCCAUCAUGCAACGACCAAGGUUCUUGCGAUAUAAAUCCCCUACACCGUUGGAAUUCAGCAGCUACCUUCAGCAACCACGAACUCUCAACCACAGUCACCUCAACUUCUCCCAAUACUUAAAGCACCAGUCUAUCCAUAAUUAUCUUUCCGAAACCAAAUUCAUACGGGAUGGAUUCCAACCAGUCUGAAUCUCCUUCUCCCCGCCAGCCAUCGGCCGACGUCCACAGCCAAAUGGAGGAUGUCCCCCCCUCUCUAGAGGAGCAUGAUCCGUCAGUCUCUCAAGAGCCGGAAGAUCCUGGAGACCCUGAUGAUAUUGAGGGCUCUGAGCUAUAUGGAGGGGACGAAGAAGCUAACAACGAGGAUGACUCCGACGAGGACUACGUCGAUUCCAACACACAAUCAACGGCGACCGCUGGGCCUUCAAAAAAUGCUCCAGCUCCAGCUCCAGCUCUAGCUUCCCGACCGCGACCUCCUCCUCGGGAUCAGUGGGAUGAACAGUUCGAGUGGUUAAUGGUCACUCGAGAUAACAUCAAACCUAAUCCAUACGGAUCCACGUCCACAGAAACCGGCCCCCUCUCGUACCAGGCUGUUGCAAAGCUAUAUGUUGAGCGCUACGGUGGUAGGGCAUCGCUACAAGCUAUCUCCAAACGCCUAAACAACAAAAAUAACCUCCGAAAGUUCUACAAUAGCCACCCAGCCUAUCCUAGAAACGUUCAGUACUCGGGAGGCAGGCAAAUGAGCAACGCUACGCAGCAAGGGCAGAGCGGGACGCAACAUGCUGGCACGUCCGGUACAACUAUCGCGGGCCCUUCCACUAUCGGUUUCCCUGUCCCCAAUGCAUUUGCUGCCGCGACAAAUCCCUUCGCACCAGGUUCACAUGCGACAGGUCCAUAUGUCUCGAAUCACUAUACGGCAAAUCCCUACACGUCGAUCCCCUCUCUGUCAAAUUCUCAUGGAACGAAUGCGUUUUCAACGAACCCUUAUCCGCCGAACUUUUCUACGACAAACCCUCACGCAAACACCGUCGCGAUGAACCCCUUUGCGACAAUGGCAUAUUCGACGAAUCCCUAUGUGUCGCACCUUUCUACAGGGAACCCCUUUGUUACGAAUGCUGGUACUGCGAGCCCUUAUGCAAAUAACCCCUCCGCGACGACGAUCCCUUCUACAGCAAGCCCCUAUGCGACGAAUGCUUCUAUGACUGACCCUUUUGCGACAAAUCCAUAUGCAACCAAUUUUUUCGCUCUGAGUCCUUCCUCUACCGGGCCAUCUCGAGCAGGCCCAUCUGUCGCAGGGCUAUUUAUGGCAGGGCCAUCUAGUACCGGCUUAUCUAUCACAGGGUCAACGAUCACAGGGUCAACAAUCACAGGGUCAACGACUACAGGGUCAACAAUCACAGGGUCAAAAAUCAUGGGGUCAACGAUCAUAGGGGGAUCAAUCAUAGGGGGAUCAAUCACAGGAUCGUCUAUCACAGGGUCAUCUAUCACCGCACAAAAUGAUAAUGAUGGGCGUCAAGUUGAGACAGACCAAGAGCCGAACAGGAAGCGUUCACGCAAGAACAAUGGCGGCGGAAACAAGGAUGCCAAUGCUAGCAAGAUCGUGGAGACUAGCGCUCCUUCUAAUCCAGAUUCCAAGAUUAUGACCUGGUAUGGAGCUCAUCUGCAUUCCGGUUGGAACCACGGGGCCAUCUGGCUACCUCCCCGAGUCACCGUCGACGCACCAUACCUUCCACAGCAGCCGACUAACACUCCCUGGUAUGCCCGUGCAGAGGAACCUCCUGAAUCAACUUCAAAGGGGAACAAUGAGAGUGACGGAACUGCUGAUAAGAGCAGCUCGGACGAGGAACGCUCAAAUGAAGAAUCAGAGGAUGACGGUCCAAGCUCUAUGAUAUCGAAAAAGAAUGUGUUGAAGGAGACUGGAACGGCUUCGACUAGUCCUGCCGCUCCACCCCAUCGUCGACGCGUGCGUAUGAAUGUCUUACCGAUUAGACCUGACCCCCGCUCAACCGUCCAAUACGACAAUAGUAUUGAGCACAAUGCUGGGGAAAGCAGUACCUCGAAAAAUUCUGAUUCCGGGGAUGAAAAUGACGACUCCGAUGGUCAUAAACAAUAGGACGCGGAAUAAACGUUUCAAUCACAGUCUUAAGCGAUGUAAUUGAUGGGGCACUGGUGAUCGGGCCACUAGCACUGAAUGAUUGAACGAGGGGUCCCUUAUCCUCCAAAGCAUGGAAAAUAGGUGGGAUAUUUGGUUUUGAGGAAAGAUCUGGACAUAUGAGAGUUCUGCAGGACGCGAAUGGGUCACCAGGAUAUUGAAUAUAUAGGGGAUGAGGUAUGAAAACACUUUAC